UGGAUACAGGCAUGGUAGAAACAUGGGUGGAAAUGUGAUUUGACCUAGCAGCUAAUAUUGCCUUAAUUUUUAAGGGUUAUACAUAUCAUAUUCAAGGAGCACGUCAAUCCGAAACGGACUAACAUCAUUUUAGGAUCUUUUCAUUUCACAUUUACAUUUUGUGGUCAACUGUUCAACACCUGAAAUGUCCAGAAACCUGCGCUACUUUCACUCCAUCAAGCCUUGAGGAAAUGCUUCCAGAAUCUUGAAAACAACCAGAAAGUAUGGGAGAGUGUGUUGGCCGAAUGCAGCCCCCUGAUGGUGUCUCUAGGUAACUUGGCGGAGCAGUCCCGAGCGCUUUCAAACAUCCAAAUCUCCAACACACCGCUCAGAGACUUUCCUGACCUGGAGGAGCGGCUGCGUUUCAAGCUCCAACUAUCCACGGAUACAGUGCUGGGAAAACUCAACGACAAUAUGUCUUCUCUACAGUCUGUCAGAGAUUCCAUCAGUAACCAGGUCUCUGCGGUGGUCCAUCUUUACGAGCAGAAUGCAGACAUUCUGGAUCUGCUCACUGUGACGGAGCGAUCUGCCACCGGACCCUCAGUGUCCGACAUGAUGGGGUGGCUGCACGAUGCUGAGCGUCACUUUCAGCAACAAUUUCUGAGGAAGAAGACUGUGCUGCAGACUCUGAGGCCAGAUGAUCUCUCCCUUUUAGAAUCUGCCCCCAAAAGAUGGAAAUCUUUGGAGUCUCCCAGUGCAGGAGAUCAUAUCAGAGCUUUCCAAGCCAAAAUGCUGACAGGUUUAGCAAAUGAAGAUAAAGAAUCCAUGGAACAAGCAGGCCAAGUAUCCAGUGAGGCUCUUUCCAACAUCAGGACGAUUGCAGGCUUAAACAAAGAGACCUUUUUUGUGGAAUCGUAUGAGCAGAAACUGGAGCUUCCAUUUAUAUCUGCCAUAAAGAAAGCCAACAUCCAUGGGCUUUGUUUUGGUUUUUCCUCUUCAUGGCAUACGCUGCUUCCUUUAGAUAUGGAGGCUACCUGGUUAGCUCUGAGGGAUUACUGUACACAUAUGUCUUCAUGGUAACAAUUAUUUCUUUCAAUGGGAAAUCUGUAUUUUUUUUAUUCCUUGUUUAAAUGUACUGUAUUUGGUGUUUUGUGAUUACCAGGGUGAUUCUGGCUGUAGUAAUGGCCAUUUCUACUGAUCAUGAUUCCAUUGUUGAGGUCUACUAGAAUAGAUUUAUAUUGUGCAAUGUUCCAAAC